GCGCGGGAAAACGCUCGAACUACACAAAAGGAUGUGUUGGUUGAAUGCCGCUUUCAAGAAAGAGGCAGAUGUUGGAUGAUUAGUUGCGUGCACCUGGAUUUUGAGUCCAGUGUCUUGCUGUUUAGUCAGGCGGAAGAUCAAUUAAAUUAAGAAAUUUCAGUUUUAUUCCAAAGAUUCAAGCGAUAAGUUUUCAGAACGGUGUAGUGAGCGUAAGAAUAACAAGUCGAUUAGGACAAAAAGUUACCUUGGUAGAGGUUAUGGAUAAUUUCUGUAAAAUUGAAAAAAUUGGAGAAGGCACGUAUGGAGUCGUCUACAAGGCUAAGGACAAGAUUACGGGCAAACUCGUGGCUCUCAAAAAAAUUCGGCUCGAGACAGAAAGUGAAGGUGUACCAUCAACAGCUAUUAGAGAAAUAUCACUGUUAAAGGAACUGGCACAUCCAAAUGUCAUUCAGCUGUUGGAUGUUGUUCAAGGCGAAAAACACCUCUACCUUGUUUUUGAAUUUUUACAACAAGAUCUAAAGAAAUUACUUGAUUCUUUGAAAACAGGAUUAAGUGUGCCACUGGUCAAGAGUUACUUGUGGCAAUUGCUGAAAGCAAUAGCAUUUUGUCAUGUAAACAGGAUACUACAUAGAGAUCUGAAACCUCAAAAUCUGUUAAUAGAUUAUGAAGGAAAUUUAAAAUUAGCAGAUUUUGGAUUAGCAAGAUCUUUUGGUGUUCCAGUACGCACAUUUACACAUGAAGUAGUUACAUUGUGGUAUAGAGCACCUGAGAUUCUUUUAGGAACAAAACUAUACUCUACAGCCGUUGAUGUGUGGAGCCUUGGAUGCAUUUUUGCUGAAAUGGCUACAAAAAGAGCUUUGUUUCCUGGUGACUCUGAAAUAGAUCAGCUAUUUAGAAUCUUUCGUACUUUGGGCACGCCAGAUGAAACUAUCUGGCCUGGAGUUUCUCAAUUAAAAGAUUACAAAUCCAUGUUUCCACAGUGGGAACCUCGUGAUCUAGAUGAAGUAGUUCCAAUGUUUGAUGUUAAAGCCAAAGAUUUACUAAUGGAGUUGCUGACUUAUGAUCCUAACGUAAGGAUCACUGCCAAACAAGCCUUAAGCCACUCAUACUUUGAGGGUGUCAAAUUAGUUCCUCCACCUUUGUCAAAGAAAGACUGAAGAACAAUCACAUUAGUUAAAUUUAG